UCACCUCUCUCGUCUCGCUCCGGCCAACGCCGCCUCCAGCCCCGGCGUCGCCUCCACCCUCCCUCGGCGCCGGCGCCCCCGGAUUCUCCUACUCUCGCUCCCACAUGGAGCCAAUCAAACGCACGGCCACCCUGUCAAGCAACAUCCGCGUCCAGCACGAACCCGCUGACGGCGGAGAUGCGGCGAGCGGGACUAUCGGCGCCCACCCUAUCCACCUCAUUGAGAAGAUCCUCGGCUACUUCAGCCCGCUGGAUUCGGUGCGCCUCGCCGUCGUCUGCAAGUCCUGGGCGGCGGCCGUCUCCGAGCGGCUAGCGAGACCCACCCCCCACCUGUUCGCGCUCAAGCUCGCCAAUGUGCACAGCCAGUCCCCGUUCCGGUUCAUGCUGCCGCCCGAGGAGGAGCGCCGCCACCGCGGGGCCAUCUACUCCCUGCCGGUGAACGAGGAGGGCUCGCCGUCGCUGGUGGCCCCUGCCCGCUUGCCCUCCGCGGUCCGCGACCCGAAAGGCAUGAACUUUAAGUUAUCCGGCGCCCUGCCCUGCGGCCUCCUCUCCUUCGCGGUCGGCAAUCGCGUUUUCCUCGUCAACCCCCUCACCGGCGCGUUCCAGAGCGACAUGUAUGCGCCCUUCGGGACUGGAGCUAAGGUGAGGACAGUCGCCGGCGCCAACGCGAUCUUCGAUCACGACUACUCCGAGAGGAACGUCUUGCUCUCCUGGUGCACGGAGGAGUGGCGCCAGCGGAAGCUGCUUUCUCAAGAGUUCAAGAACAUUUAUCUCAUGGCCUACGCAGACGGCGUCUUCUACGCGCUGGAAUUCCGGGGUUGCGCCUAUAGCGUGGACACACGCGUGCCGCCGCCGUGGCGCCUGAAGAAGCUCCGUGCGCCGAGCAUUCUCGAGCAGUACACCCUGAUCCGCGGGCGCUUCCUCUGCUACUCCCACCUGCUCGAGUCGGAAGGGUCGGUCCUGUUUGUCGGUCCGGUGCUUGCACCACGACAGCCCACAUGCCGUGAUACCAUCGGUGGCUUUGAGGUGUACAGGCUGGAUGUCGAGGUGUCACGAUGGGUGAAAGUGGAGAGGCUUGCUGCUGAGAGGGCGCUUUUCGUGAGUGAGCAAUCAUCGUUCACGGUGCGCGCCUCGGAGGUGCCCGGGUGCAUGAGCAACUGCAUCUACUUUGUGGGUGAGGUUGACGAGUACUCCUACGUCACCUGGGGCGUCUACUCCAUGGAGGAGCGGAAGGUGCUGUUUCAGCGCCCCGUCGGUGGUUCUUGGGGAAGGUAUGCUGCUGCACGCUGGUUCCUCCCUGCUGUUGUGAUACCAUUUGCAGAUGCACGUGCGCAUUGUACACUCAGGAGAAAGGACAAAAAUCUAAGUUCUUCAGAAGGACAUGAGGAUGGGAGCAAUUGUGCGAAAUCAAGAUGCUACUAUGAAUCCUUUGGCUCUGAUUGAGGUGUCGGCGAUGGCAGGCAGGCUUAUAAAUCCCUGAGAUGCUACUAUGAAGCAGAAGUGCUAUUAUUCUAGAAUCUGAAUCUGAAGAUUCGUUUGAUGAAGUUAAUAUACUGGUGAAGUUUGUGCUGUUU